GGAUAACGAGGCGCGAGGCGUGCGUGUGGAGGCUGUUGCCGAGCCGCGGCGAGAACGACUUGUUGACACGGCGAGGCAGCAGGAGGCAGGAGGCAGGUGUAGAGCGGCGGGCCUUCAGUCGCCUGCCUGACGCCGCCGCGAGAGGUGGUGCUGCCCUGGAUUCUUUCGGCCGACUGUGAGGGGAUGGCAUGAACUUUCUCACUCAUUGUUGACUUUUGCGCUCAACUUGCGACCUGCAACCUUGACUGCGGUGCCUCCAGGGUGCGCCCAUGUGGUGCCUGGUGACAAGUGAUUCACAUGUCCUGCCUCCGUGGCGUCUGGUGAUCAGAGUGACGCGCCCCGAGUCACGGCCCGUCAACGUGCAUUAGUGACCUGCCGAUUGCCUCCCUUAUCGCGGGACACCAUCGCAGCGGCGGCUUAAUGGCACGCUGCUGCUGCUGGAUGCUGGAAGGAGGAGAGUGAGCCGGGCUGACAGCGAGGGGAACCACGCCCACCGGCUCCCUCCACAGCCGCCCACACCACACAGAUCAGUCUUAGCUCUGAUAGCAUCUUCAGAAGUGGCUCUUCCUCCCAAGCCUUAGACACCAGAGACCUGUGCCUCCCCGAGUGCCGCGAUGUAGUGACCAAUCAUAGCGUGGAUUAUCAGUGUUACGGUGAACUGCGAGUGUGUCCCGCCGCGCCGGGCACCUGACUGCACAUGAACACCUGAGUGGACACUGACAUUGACCCAAAGUGACGCCUCAGAAAAAGGCAAACACUUCGCUGCAUAAAAAAAGUAGUUACCUUUCGACUUUUUGAUUAACAAAGACGCCAAAGAAAUCCAAGAAGAGGUUACAGUUAAGUGGAAUGUAACAAAGAAGGGAAAAAAAGGCCAGAGGAGACGAGUCUUGCCCGCCGCCUUGAGUGGCCGUGAUAAGCAAGGCAUCCCGUGAGGGCCUUGAUGCAGCCUCAAGUGUCGCUGUGACGUGUGAGGGGCUCCCCAUCGCAGCCACCACCAACACCACCACAGCGGGACACACACUCACACUCACCACCGCUUCAUCUUCUGACAUUAGAAGGUGUGGGUGCCGGAGGUGUGUUGCGGCCACUAGCACUACCACUACCACCGCCUCCACCACCACCACCACUGCUGCGUCAGGUGUGGCCGUGAGGACCCCCGGACACUCACCUCAGUUCCUGCAUCCCAUCCUCCUGAGAGUGUGUCGGCAGCAUGACGCCACCGGUGCAGAAGACGACGCAGGGCAAGCAGGACGGGUCACGUCAGCAGUACUUCCGCCGCGGAGGAUCACGUGUCUACUACGCCUCUGAGACAGGCUGCUGGCCUGCCAACAGCCUCCCCAAGAACUUUUGGAUUCGCUCCAAAUGUUUGGGGGAAUCCACCGUCCCGGAGACAUGUGAGGAGGCGAGCAGCUCGGGAGACGAGGUCUGCGAGGAAGAGGUGACCCCCGGUAGUUUGUUCCGAGGGUACCUGCGAGGUUCCCCAUCACACCGUUCGCAAGACUCAGGUUAUUCAGACUCUGGCGAGUCCACCAAUGCUCACAAUGACACAGAUUCUCUGCCAACCACACCGCCAAACGUGAAGCAUAUCACUCGUGUAUAUUUUGGGGAGAAUCCUCAUUUAUUUAACGAUAAGAUAGUUAGUGUCCCAAAGAUAAAGAUUAUCACAACCAGUGGAGCAGUGACCUCUCCGCCCGGUGACUCCCCCACGCCAGAGGAUGAGUCUCAGGACGCGCAGCCAAGGCCCCUGCACUAUCGUGGCCAAGCAAGCAGCUUGGAGGAGCUGACCGAGGAGCUGGAGCACAAGAGUGUCUUGGAGGCCGCCACCAAGCGGACGGGAGCAGUGAGGAAGAGGCCCACAAAUCCUGCAGCACUAGCUGUUCCCCGCAGACUGCAGAGACGCAGCAGCAGCGCCGAGAAGCUUAUCACUGAUGGCCAGAUGGAGCAGCAUCGACGUCAGACAGGAAUGUCUCGUGCCCGUAGACGGUGGUCUCUGGGAGAGGCACCGGCGCCAGUCUUAACGCGCAGACAGCAGCAGUGGGCGCCCUCAUAUGUCACCAGCGGCACCAACACCCAUGUCCCCGCCAGUCAGCUAGACCGCAAGCCCAAAGUCGAGCUAAUGAGCCGGGGCGUUGACACUUCAUCCUUGGAGAGUGUGGAGGACCGCCCCGCAGUGCCUCGUGUAGCGGCUGACACAGAGACCCGGGAAGGCGUGUCCCCGCCCACCACACACCCCCGCCCGGCCAGGACACACCCACACCCCACCGCAGUGGCGCGAGAGAUGAGGAACGACUCUCUGCACCAGUGGGUGAAGGAGCUGCGGAUACUGUGCGAGGCGGAGUGCAUGAACACCCUACAGUCCAAGUCCCUGCCCGGCGACUCUGCCCCACCUCCUGCCACGGCUCGCCACGCCGUCAGGGCCAUCCAGCGCCGCGCCCACGAAGUCUCCACCGAGUUCGCCAGACUGUGCCAGCGCCUGGAGUGGCUGGAGCUGACGCAGGUGCCGCCGCUGGCUGAGUCUCUGGUGGAGCACAUCAACACCUUCCUGAGGGACUACACCACCCAGUGGGCGGCCGCUGACCCCGACCUGCAGCCCCAGUCAUCGCUGAGUCGCCAGAGUAAAGUGAUCCGGCAAAUCUGUCAGCGACUGAUGGAGGUUUGUAACAACGACAAUGACGACCUGGACCGCGACACGACCCGUCAGGUGGUGCAGGUGGUAACGGCGCUGGGCCACGCCUUCACCAAGCUGGUCGACCUCAUGCUGAGCCGCGAGAUAAGGGAGAUGGUGCGGGUGCUGGAGGAGCCGGGCAGCAGGGCGGGGGUGCGCCUUGUGGUGUCUCACUUGACUGCUCUCGGAGUGGAGGGCGGACACAUCUGUCGCCUCAUUGCGAGUCUCGGUGGCGUGCGGGGCCUGCUGGACGUGUGUCUGGAGCCGCGGCUGCGCCAGUGUCGUAGUGACGCUUUGAGAGCCUUGGCAACCGUGUGCUGCGUGGUGGAGGGAAUCGUCGAGCUGGACAAGGCGGGCGGCGUAGAGGUGGUGGCUGAAGUGCUGUGUGACAUCGAAUGCCUUGAGGAGGAAAGGAGUGAGGCCGCUGGGGUGCUGGCGCAGAUCACGUCACCAUGGGUGGAGAACAACCACCGCCUGGCUGCCCUCCACACCCAUCUGGACCACAUCGUCGCCGCCCUCACCGACUUAGCCAGGCACACUCUCACACCGGAGAUCUUCCUGCUGGCAUCUGCGGCGCUGGCCAACCUGACUUUCCUAGAUGAUGGCUGCGUGGAAGCCAUGAGGGCAGCAGGCACCGCGUCUGUUCUCCUCCGGGCCGCCCACGACAACCCCAACAUCUCUAUCUUCACCAAGGACCAGAUCGCGACGGUGUUGGCCAACCUGGCGGGCUCAAGGGAGGCAGCAGAAGAGGUGGUGGAGAGUGGGGGAGUGGCGGUGCUGCUGGGGCUCCUCAACACCGGCCCCGCCCCAACCCACCGCCUGCCAGAGGUGGCCACGGCAGAGCGAGUCCAGCAGAAGUCGGCCAUCGCCCUCUCUAGGCUGUGUCGCGAGGCGUCGGUGGCACGCCAGGUGGCCGAGCAGGGCGGCGCCAAGCGGCUGGUGCGCCUCUGCAAGGACGAGAGCGAGAGGAACCACAGCGACGCCGUCCUCGUCGCUUGCCUGGCGGCGCUGCGUAAGAUGUCAUCCUCGCUGGGAUCUGAUGGGCUGCGUGGCGUAGACGCGGCGGAGCUGGUGGAGCCGCGGCUGCUGGACUCCUUUCUUAUCUACUCUUCACGGCAGGAGAGCUUCGUAUGACCCACGCAGGAGUCGAGAAGGAGUUAGUUUUAGGAUUGAAAUUGUAUAGUAUUGCUCUUCUGUAUUAUUACUUUAGCCCAAGGAUUUGUGUUACGAAGUUACAAGUAGGGAAGUCAACAAAUGAGGUCGUUAUUGUUGCAUGAUGUCAGUGACGACCGGUUCCUUAUUAUACGGUGCGUCGACCCAGCUCAAGAGGCAGACACGUGACAGUAGUCGUGAUGCCGCCUUUCGUAUAUCACACGCCAAGUUGUAGCGAGUGUGGUGUGUCUCAGAGUCACGGUGGAGCUAAAAGUGCUGCGGAAUAUACUACAAUAAGCAGCUAUAAUAUCCUGUAGUGCUUUGCGGGUGCUCAAGUUCACCACUGCAGGAGUUUCAGGCCUGUUCAGAGGACAAGUGUUGUGCGUGUUGGUUCGAGCCGCUCAAGGAAGAGAGAAAGUGCCGGGCAGGAGUGUACGCGUCGAGACAAACGUGGAUUUCAACUGCACGAGGAAUAUGGCGAGAGGAGUGACCUGUUUCACCGCCACGCCCGAGCAGCCUCGCAGCGUGCGUUCAUAAUCAUAAUAUACUGUACAUAACAUAUAUCAGGCGAGGUAAGUUUACUGAUAAAAAGUGGCAGAUGAAAUAAUACUAUACCUAUGUUAACGGCGUGUGAUUUUACUUUGUUGUUCCGAAGUGUUUGAAAACGUGUUCGUGUGCCAGCAGGUGAUGUUUGUAAGCGUUGAUUAGUGUGUUCACCUGUCCUUACCUGUCAAGACUCCUGUAGGCGGACCCUCACCUAGUCAGACCCCAGAACCAAAUAUAGUUGUAGAGGUGUAUUUCUGUACAGCAAUAUAUUUUUUUGAAUAAAACUUACUCAUUUUU